CCCUUUAUUGCCUGCAACCGGCAAGCCAGCCGAGGAAACAAGUCAAGGUAGGGUAGUUAUUCAACGUCGAUUGAGGUAAACCUCAGUUCUAGUCUAGUAGCAACCCCGUCAAUCUAGGUCGUUACCAAAGAAUUAAUUAAAGAUUUGUCUUCCGCCAUGGCCACAACGGCGAACGAUCGCGGGAUUUAUUACAAUGACAAGGGCAAGAAGACCUUUGUGCCUCUCGAGAACAACCCUGAGGUCUUCAACGACCUCGUCCAUCGCUUGGGACUCUCUUCCGAGCUCGGCUUCUACGAUGUUUAUUCCAUCGACGAGCCAGAUAUGCUCGCAUUUGUCCCCCGACCAGUCCAUGCCUUGAUAUUCAUCUCCCCUGCCCCCGUCUACUACCGCGUCAGAGAGCAUGACGGCAGUGGAGAUAUCACAUACGACAAGGCCGGCGAUCAGGAACCCGUCAUGUGGUUCGAGCAGACCAUUGGCAAUGCAUGCGGGCUUUACUCGCUCAUCCACGCCGUCGCGAACGGAAGUGCUAGGCAAUACAUCAAACAGGACUCACUGAUCGAUAAGCUUUUGGCUGAAGCCUUGCCGUUGAAGCGUGCCCAGCGCGCCGAUGUCCUAUACAACUCCAAAGAACUCGAGGAGGCGCACAUGUCCUGUGCGGUUGGCGGGGACUCCACUGUGCCGCAAGCUGACGAGCCUGUGGGUUACCACUUUAUCACUUUUGCCAAGGGCAAUGAUGGUCACCUGUGGGAACUGGAGGGCGACUGGGAUCCUAUCGAUCGUGGCGUUCUGGACGACUCCGAAGAUAUGCUGAGUGAGAAGGCGCUGGAGCUGGGGAUUCGGAAGUUUGUGCGCGAGUGUCAAGCCACCGGGAUUAUCGAGUUUUCCAUCAUUGCUUUGGCAACACGCCCAGAGUGAGAGGAUGACUAGAGGACGGUCAUUGGCAAAAGUGGUAUUUAUGGCAGCCGAGGCAAAUCUGGCAUGGUGAUAAUAAGAGGUUAUGUUAUAAAAUGUUAUUCGAAUCGAGGCACGCAGCGCCAUGCUAUUUGUAGCGUUUAUGCUAUGGACUUUCAGAACGAGCUGUCGUACUUUAAGUUCUCCUCUGUGUUGUUUUCCGUAAGGCAGAUGUGGUCAAGUAAGUACCUGCAUGUAUCCAAUUCACCGGUUCCGCGUCUGUGGGGAUUUGUUGGUUUUGUGCUUGUUUUACAGCGGAUAUUUCAAUAUCUUUUUGCCCCCGAAAAGGUAAAUCUAGAACGAGUCCCUCUACCAUGGACAAGGAAACGAAGUGGGGGCACUGACCAGCCUUUCCCCUUGUUUUUCUUUUACGGAGUAACUUCAAAGUUUUCUUGGUCUCGUUUUAUUUUUAUCAUCACUAUUAUGGCCUUCACCGAAGAAAAAAAACAAAAGUCAAACCGCCCCCCGCAGUCCUUGGGGGGAGAAAUACUCCGAUUAGUCUAUGCUCCCCUGUAACCAGGACUCGUCAGCAGUGUCUUUGUUCGGUUAUCGGCAAAAUCCGGCAGCCGGGCAAGAGUUGAUCCAAAUAAAGAUAUCGAAAUUUCCAAAGACUGGCAUAUCCUAGGUGGCGAGGCUUGUAAACCCUGCGUGGGCUGUCCAAGGUUGUUAAGGGUGGCGUAUGCGUGCUUGCUCAUUCCUCCCUAGGUACUCCAGGCGCAAGGCUGCGAGUAGGUCUAGAUUUGGAUUGGACCCUGGCUAUCCGCAUGGCACAGAAGCUGAAGUGAGAUCAGGAGAGGACUCGGAACAACAAAAAAAUAGGAUGAAUGAAAAUCCAGUAUCAAAAAUCUUGACUCUUACUCGAAUCUGACUAU